AUGGGAAACCUAUUUUCUCGCACCAAGUCACCUGCCACUGAGCUUGAGCGUGUAGUUCUCUCAAUUGAGGACUUCAAGAAGCGACUUCAGACGAUAUCAGCGAGCAAUUCAUCGACCCUUUACUACUACUACAUGGGCGUCAUAAUCAUUCUGAGCAUUGCGAUGGCUCACACUUGGCUCCGUUUCGACGAUCCGACAAAGACCUACGUGGCGUGUGCGCUCGUAUUUGGAGCGACUGUCAUCGUUCUCACCGGCCGGUACAUCAUCAACUGCUUCUUCGCGUGGCGCACAAACCGAACUACACAGAAAUUGGAAAACGCGAUUACACAGAAGACAGUUUUGCUGGAUCUGGUUAAAGAGACUCUCAAGUUCAAGGAAGCCAAAGAAAUUCUGGACCGCUACGAGGAGAAAACCGAGGCUGGAAACACCCCAACCGAAAACAGCAAACUGAUUCAUCAACAGAAACAACAGAAUGAGACGCUUGUUUCAAAAACAAUAAUGAAACCAGAUCAGAAGCGUGUGGAGACUCCAGUUUCCCAGAAACCAGUUCCGUCAAAACCUGGAAUCGCAUUUGACUCGAUGAACAUGACUCCAUACCAACAACGGAAUUCAAACGCCACUCCAGUUCGUCCAUUCCUUCGUCAGUCCACCGCUCUCGACCGAAUUCUGGACUACUUCAUGUCGGACGGACCCAAUUGCAGAAACGCUUUGAUCUGCUCCAUCUGUCAUACACACAAUGGAAUGUCAGUGCCAGCGGAAUAUCCAUUCAUCUCCUUCCGCUGCUUCGAAUGCGGCCAUCUGAAUGCCGCAAAGAAAAUGGGACCACAUCUUCCAAUAACCCGUCCACCAAUGGGUCCAAAAGGCAUUCAACACAAUGGCAGAGCUGGACCAGUUCCACCUAAAAAUCAACAACCCGUCGUGCCAAUGGAGAAUCCGAAUCCGUCGACCGACUUGACACCAUCUGCCAGUCAACAUGGAUCGGACUCCGAGCCAGAAAAGAACGCCGAUGAAACUGCCGUUGUUGAAAAAUCCUAA